AUGCCCCGCGUUCCCUGCUGCCGAGCCGGGCGGGGGGCGAGAGAGGAGAAGCGAGUGCCACGUCCCCGUAAGGCGCCUUGUGAGGGGAGCGGCCCCCGCCCGCCAUGGGGGCGUCGCAGAGCCUGGAGAUCCCGGGCGGCGGCACCGAGGGCUACCACGUCCUGCGGGUACAAGAAAACUCACCAGGGCAUAGAGCUGGACUGGAGCCAUUCUUUGAUUUUAUUGUUUCCAUUAAUGGUUCGAGAUUGAAUAAAGACAAUGACACGCUUAAGGACCUGUUGAAAGCAAAUGUUGAAAAGCCUGUAAAAAUGCUGGUGUACAGUAGCAAGACACUGGAACUGAGAGAAACUUCAGUAACUCCAAGUAACUUGUGGGGUGGACAGGGCCUGCUGGGAGUGAGCAUUCGUUUCUGCAGCUUUGAUGGAGCCAAUGAAAACGUAUGGCAUGUGUUGGAAGUAGAGCCAAAUUCUCCUGCUGCUCUAGCUGGUCUUCGGCCCCAUAGUGACUAUAUCAUUGGAGCAGACACAGUCAUGAAUGAGUCUGAAGAUCUCUUCUCCCUUAUCGAAACACAUGAAGCAAAACCAUUAAAACUUUAUGUGUACAACACAGAUACAGAUAAUUGUCGGGAGGUGGUGAUUACUCCAAAUUCUUCCUGGGGUGGGGAAGGCAGCCUAGGCUGUGGCAUUGGCUAUGGGUAUUUACAUCGGAUACCUACACGUCCUUUUGAAGAGGGAAAGAAAAUUUCUCUUCCAGGACAGUUGCCAAGUGCACCUAUCAGCCCACUUAAAGAUGGUUUUACAGAGGUUCAGUUGUCUUCAGUUAAUCCUCCACUGACAAUACCACCUGGAACAGUAGGACUUGAACAGAGUCUGUCAGGACUAUCCAUUAGUUCAACUCCUACCACCAUCAGCACUGUACUCAAUACAGGUGUCCCAACAGUACCAUUACUGUCACCACAAGUCAGUCAGUCUAUCCCUUCAGUGCCAUCAGUUAAUCCAGCGACGACAUUACCAGGUCUGAUGCCAUUACCAGCUGGACUUCCCAAUUUAGCCAAUCUGCCCAAUCUUAAUUUACCUGCACCGCACAUAAUUCCCGGCGCAGGAUUGUCAGACAUCAUGCAGCCUGGUUUGCCAUCCCUUUCUUCCAUGCCUCCUCUCAAUCUAUCUGGGAUAACAAUGCCACCUGAAUUACUUCCACAGUUCCCUUUGAUCACAGAUGUAUCUACUCCACCUACAGAUCUGCUUUCUUCUGUCACUCAAGCAGUUGACCCUGGCACUACUGUAAGCACAGAACAAACCUCUCUAUUCACUUUAGAUACUAGUACCCCUACUUCUAAGGUGACUACUGCUGACAGAUUAAAUGAAUCCACUACGAUCAGUGAGAAAACAACUGGGGUCACAGAGGUACAUGCUUCUGAAUCAUAACUCCUGGUCAUUCUGUUGGAUUGGCUUGGUAUUUAUUUAGCCAUUGGAUGCAUAUCUGAAGAUGCAAGCUGUCAUUAAUUUCAUACUAGUUUGUACUUUAUCUGUAGCAGUCCUGUAAAUAAUACUGAGGCUAUAAUAAAUUAAAGGAAAUGGGAUUUAUACUGUGUGCUUGGUGGGAGGGGAGGAACAGUGCGUGUACUUAAAAGUAAAGGUAGUAAACAUACUUCCUCUGCCAAACUUGGAGGUGUUUUUAAUACAGGCUGACAGCUCUAGUCUGCUAAGCCUCUCCUUGCUUAUGAUUUCCAACUUUGCUUCUCUUAGAAAUGAAGCAGAUCUUACUUGUGACGUUGAUAAAUUGCAUUUCUCAUCCUUGGCCAGAAUGAGAACUUCAUUACUACAAUGGGGGUGAAAGUGUUUACUUCUGAGUUGUAAAUUUUAGCAUUACAGAACUUCCAACUAAAGAAGUUUUAUUAAAGUUGCUAAAUGACCUGUUAACUGAGCAUCUUUUUAUUCAGCUUGUAUACAGAUCUUUAUUUUAAGCUCCUAAGAAAAAUACUCAAUGUUUUGUAACUGCUGCUACAUUGCUGCACAAGCCCACUGUAACAUGGCAUUUGGACAGAAAUAAAGGAAAUGUUAACUGUUGCACAAAGUUUUAAACUAGAAGUUGGCACUUUGUGAGUAUUGUAAGAUACGUCAAUGCAGAAAACACGUAGCAAUAAAUUCCUGGAAUUUUA